AGGAUACGGCUUUACGCAAUCUUCCAAUUAAGCCAGAAAGCCAAAGAAGUUCUCUUUAUCUCAACCGUGACACAAAGCCAUGCUCAUCAAACCAUUGUUGCUAUUUUUCCUGUCAUCAGUUUCUACCAUCAGUCCUGCACCAACAUCAAUAGCGCUGUUCAUCCUCGGACGUCAUUCUCUACAACUAUGGAGCAAGCUCAUAUCUGCACUACUAUCCUUGAUUAGGCCAAUAAGAAUUUCAAAACAGCCGUACGGAGACAUCAUUCAGAUCGAAGAACUGAUGAAAAGAAGAAUGUACAAAUCCGCUGCAUUGCCGAAGAUUAAAAGAAUAAAGUGGGAUCAAAAAGAUGCCGACGGAAAUAUCGUCAUACCAUACACUAUCGUUGCGACCGAUUAUGUGCAGCAGGCAAGGGAAAAUAUCAGCAAAGCAAUGAAAAGAAUAGAGGAUCACACGUGCAUACGUUUUACAGAAAGAAAGAAUGAGAAAUACUACGUGGAGAUCAAUAAUAUCAUGGGAAGAGGAUGCCGAACAUAUGUUGGUAAAAAUCUAAAGAAAGGUAAAACUAUUAUGCUGCUGGAAUUCAAUCAAAAUGAUACUUGUAUGUAUAUAAGUUCAAUCCAGCACGAGCUAUUACAUGCUGUAGGACUGUGGCACGAACAAAACAAUUAUAAUCGCGACAAUUACAUCAAAAUAAAUUAUGCAAACUUAUUGCCAGGUUACUCCGCGCAGUUCAGAAAGCAUCCGAAUAUAGACGCAAACAUAUACAACCUGACAUACGACUACAUGUCCAUAAUGCACUAUGAAAGAGAUGCGUUUUCAAGAAAUGGUAAAGACACCAUUGUAACAUUGGACCCUAAAUAUCAGGAUAUCAUUGGGACUGUACAGGAUGCUUCUCCAACAGACUACCUGAAAGUAUGUCAGAUAUAUGCAUGCAAAAAAUGCAAAAUUCCAAAGUGAGACUGAUAAGAAAUGCAACUCGAUUGGCCUAUGCUAUUUCUCAAACGUUGCCGAAACUCCGUUUCCAUGAAAUAAAUGCUUCAAU